AUGGAUCGUGCAAGGAAGCGCGAAUUGCGCUCCCUAAAUACUCGCGCUUGGGAUGGCGACACUGAUCUGUUCACCGUCAGCAAGUCCCUCGAUUCGUCGCUGAAGAAGAAUACUGCCUUCAUCAAGCGCCUCCGAACCGCCAUUUCCGCCGCGACCUUGAAUACCUUCCUACAAGAGAUCCGGACCCUAAGUCUGCACAAGUAUCUCUCCGAGAUUAUCUCCGCCUGCUACGAGGGCCUAUGCAAACUCAAGUCUCCUGGGGAGAUCGAGGCAGGUGUCGAAAUUGUCAGCGCCUUGCACCAACGCUUUGGCCCCAGCGAGUUUACCGAAUAUCUGGGAUGGCUUCUAGGCAAGGGAAUGGCCACACCCGACAAGAGCUUGCUCAAGUCGCUGGCCCCAGAGGUGCGGGAGAAGGAAGAGAAAGAGCGCUUGACGCGCCAGCGAGUGCUCCUGCGAGUCGUCGCUGAGCUUUGGCUCGUUGACGUUCUCCGAACUCUCGAUGAUGUCACUCGACCCGACGAUGCCACCAAGGGUGCGACAGGCAAGGUUCCCGAGUUGAAGCUGAAGGCAAAUUCCAACAGGAGCGGGGCGGCUGAGCCCUUCCCUCUCGAGGUCCUCAAAGACCUGCUUGGCCAUGACAGGGAGCAUGCGAACUUGCCCCUGCUUGUCAUUUUUGUGAAGGCCUUCAGCUGGGAUAUAUUAGGUGUCAAGUCUACCGCAGGGGAAGGUCGGAAAACGGUCGAAGAAGACGGCGCUACCAAGAUCACCAAUGGCCCUGCGCAGGGAGAAGGCACUACCGAAGAUUCCUUUGGUGAUGUCGACGACCAGCCGUUUACACCUCCCGAACUGCAAGAAAAAUUCAAGGCCAUUCUCAAGAAGUAUUUUGAGGAUGUUAAGAGCCAUGUCGUCCGUGACCAGAAAUUGAUACAUUCUCAAGCUCGGCGGAAUGCCGAGGCCUAUGUCAAAUCUGGUGAGGUCUUUGAGGAUCGACAAGCCAACUUUGAGAAACAGGUCAAGGCCCAGGAAAGACUUGUAUCCAAUGCCCAGGCUAUUGCGGACGCCAUAGGCGCUGAUAUGCCUGAUCUCAAGGACAACGAUGACUCUUUGGCAGCCUCCAAUGGCUCGAUUGGUUUAGUCAAGGCUGGCGAAUAUCUGCGAGGCCUUGGGGAUGGCGCUGGUAUUUGGGAGGAUGAAGAUGAGCGUCGCUUCUACGAAAAUCUCGUGGAUCUGAAGGGCAAGGUUCCCGGGAUUCUUCUCGAUGACGGAAAAAAGAAGAAGUCUGAUAAUGAGGAGCAAGUGGGCAAGAAGAUUGACCCGACUGAUGUUCCAGAUGCGCCCAAGGUCCUGGACGCAGCUGAAGACCAGUCCACUGCCAUUGCCAACAAGACAAUUGGGGCCCAGGUUGAUGCGGUACUUGCUCGACUCCCAGACCUCACUAACAAGGAUGUCAUCGAUCAGGCCGCUAUUGACUUUUGCUAUCUGAAUUCCAAGGCUUCAAGAAACAGGUUAAUCAAGGCUUUAACGGAAGUCCCCAAAGGCCGAGGCGACCUUCUUCCUUCGUGGUCCAGGUUGGCUGCGACUUUGGGAAGAUAUAUGCCGGAUAUCCCGAAAGGUCUGGUUGACUAUCUUGAUGCUGAGUUUCGCAGUCUACAGCGACGCAAGGACAAGGACUUUUUAGGCCAAGUCCGUUUGAGCAACAUCAGAUAUCUUGCAGAGUUGACCAAAUUUGGUAUUGUCCCAGAGCAUGUUGUUUUCCACUGUCUCAAGGUCAGCCUUGAUGACUUUUCAAGGAUGAACAUCGAAAUCAUUUGCAACCUCUUGGAGAACUGUGGGCGUUACCUUCUGCGCAACCCAGAGACUUCGCCGCGUAUGGCGACAUUUCUUGAGACGCUGCAACGCAAGAAGUCCGUCCAGCACAUUGGCCAGGCUGAGCGCAUGCUGAUCGAGAAUGCUGUCUACUAUGUAGACCCCCCUGAUCGGCCAGCAAUUCAACAAAAAGAGCGAACUCCAAUGGAGCUGUUCAUUCGCAAGCUGAUCUAUAUGGACAUGACUAAGCGUAAUUACAGUAAGAUCUUAAAGCAGAUACGCAGACUCCAUUGGGAAGAGGCAGAGGUUGUCGGUAUCCUCCAGAAAGUAUUUUCCAAACCGGGCAAAGUCAAGUAUGGCAAUAUUCACCUUCUAGCUAUUCUGCUCAGCGCACUAUACCGAUACCAUCCGGCGUUUGUGGUCAAGGUAAUUGAUAAUGUCAUGGAGUCUAUCUCCUUUGGACUUGAACAAAAUGACUUCAAGUUUUAUCAACGACGCAUCUCUGAAGUAAAGUACAUUGGCGAACUGUACAACUACAGGAUGGUUGAGCAUCCAGUCAUUUUUGAUACUAUGUAUAAGAUCAUGACGUUUGGUCAUGGUGGACCUCCAAUCCCGGGUCGACUGAACCCCUUCGACCUUCCCGACGACUUUUUCCGCAUUCGUUUAAUUGCGACAGUUCUUGAAACAUGUGGCAUGUACUUUGCGAAGGGCGCUGCUGGCAAAAAGCUUGAUUAUUUUCUUUCUUUCUUUCAGUAUUAUAUUUAUACCAAGCAGCCAUUGCCGAUGGACAUCGAGUUUAUUGUGCAGGACACCUUUGCUCUCACUCGACCCCAGUGGAAGCUUGCAUCGAACCUUGAAGAAGCUUCCAAAGCAUUUCAGCUUGCCAUAGCUCAAGACCAGAAAGUCUCAGGAGCUGACAAGGCUGUUGAUGCUGACGACGCAUCCAUUGGAUCUUCUUCCGACGAUGAGGAUGGAGAUGCAGACCUCCCUGAACCUGAGGCCGACGAGGAAGAGUCUGACUCUGAAGAAGAAGGUGUCGAGGACCAAGAAAUCGACUUAUCACACAGGGACUCGGAAAGCGAAGACGAGGCCAUCGUUGUCACUCGCCAACAAGAGCAGAUUGACCCGGAGGUUGAGGCCGAGUUCGAUCGUGAGUAUGCUAAGAUGAUGGCGGAGAGCCUAGAAUCGCGCAAGUUUGAACGCAAACCACUUUUCGAUGUGCCACUACCAGUACGAGGCAAAAAUAAGGAAAGCGCAGCAGGGCAGGAUUCUGGAGACACUACCACCUCCGUCCCUAGCAAUACGAUGGCUUUCUCUCUUUUGACAAAGAAAGGUAACCGCCAGCAGACCCGGACUGUGGAGUUGCCUUCGGACUCUACGUUCGCCGUGGCGAUGAAGAACCAGCAACAGGCCGAACGAGAGGAACAACAACGUAUCAAGAACCUCGUUUUGAAUUAUGAUCUUCGAGAGAGCGAAGAUCAAGAAGGUCACGAUAAGCCAGCCUCAUAUCACCACAAUCGAUCGGAUCGCGGCAAAGACCGUGGCGGACAGCGAGUUCGCAAGCUCCAGCUAAGUGAUGUUGAUUGGUACGGAUCCUCGGGCAGGCGCGCAAAUGAUUUCGUGCAGAAACAUAUCCCAUGCUUCAGUGUGAAGGCAGGCAAGGACGACUAG